AUGGCCGACAGCAUUAGAAUCCCCAACGGCAAGGAGGAAACCCUCAUGCAGGGUGCCGCCGACGCCACUAGGAAGCAUCGAGAGGAAGAGGCAAAGCGCAAGCAAAGUAAGCAGACCGAGCAAUUGCUGAUGAGCUCAGCAGAUAAUUCUAAGAAGAGACGGGAAGACAGCAAAGUUGCGGAGACGAUGGAACAACGCGCUCCUUUACCCCUACAGCACUAUUCAAGAUAA